AUGAGCUCUCACUCUCCUUCGCAAAAUGAUCCGACAGCUAACCCUCCUCAUGGCGGAGUCUUGAAAGACCUGUUAGCCCGCGAUGCUCCUCGACACCAGGAACUCUCUGCUGAAGCCGAGACCCUUCCUGCUAUUGUCCUCAGCGAGCGGCAACUAUGCGAUCUGGAGCUGAUCAUCUCCGGAGGCUUCUCACCGCUCGAGGGGUUUAUGAGCCAGAAAGACUAUGACGGUGUGGUCAACGAUUUACAUCUGGCGGAUGGGAAGCUUUUUAGCAUGCCAAUCUGCUUGGAUGUCACGAAAGAAACUUUAGAAGCGAAGAAGAUAAAGCCAGGCGCAAGAAUUACACUUCGAGACCCUAGAGAUGACAGCAAUCUUGCCAUUAUCUCAGUAGAGGAUGUAUAUCAGCCAGACAAGCAGAGGGAGGCUCAAGAAGUUUUGGGUGGAGACCCUGAGCACCCGGCAAUAAAGUAUCUCUUUGAAAAGACGCACGACUUUUACGUGGGAGGAAAGCUAGACGCUGUCAAUCGCCUCAACCAUUACGAUUAUGUUGCUCUUAGAUAUACACCAUCCGAGCUCCGUACCCAUUUUGAGAAGCUAGGCUGGAGUAGGGUUGUGGCAUUUCAAACUCGAAAUCCAAUGCACCGUGCUCAUCGCGAGCUCACUGUGAGGGCUGCUCGUGCCCGCCAAGCUACUGUCCUCAUUCAUCCGGUGGUUGGUUUGACCAAACCGGGCGACAUUGACCACUUUACUCGUGUUCGUGUCUACCAAGCCCUAAUGCCUCGAUACCCUAGCGGCAUGGCUGUGCUAGGCCUGCUGCCAUUGGCCAUGCGAAUGGGGGGUCCAAGAGAAGCUAUCUGGCAUGCCAUCAUCCGGAAGAACCAUGGAGCUACACAUUUCAUUGUCGGUCGUGAUCAUGCCGGCCCAGGUAAGAACAGCGCUGGAAAGGAUUUCUAUGGGCCGUACGAUGCACAACACGCAGUUGAGAAGUACAAAAGCGAAUUGGGUAUCGAAGUGGUGGAUUUCCAGCAGAUGACCUACUUACCUGAUAGUGACGAAUAUCGACCGAAAGACGAAGUUCCCGCUGGCACCAAGACCCUUGACAUAUCUGGAACAGAGCUAAGAAGAAGGCUGCGCGUCGGAGCGGACAUACCUGAGUGGUUUUCGUACCCUGAAGUAGUCAGAGUCUUGCGAGAAUCCAAUCCACCAAGAGCCACUCAAGGAUUCACCAUCUUCUUCACCGGUUACCAGAACAGUGGCAAGGACACAAUAGCCCGAGCUCUGCAGGUGACGCUGAAUCAACAAGGUGGGCGGCCGGUGUCAAUGUUGUUGGGCGAGAUCGUCCGUGCAGAGCUAUCUUCUGAACUCGGAUUUUCAAGAGAAGACCGGGACGAGAACAUCGGAAGGAUCGCUUUUGUUGCUUCAGAGCUGACCAAGGCAGGCGCCGCGGUUAUUGCAGCUCCUAUUGCGCCAUUUGAACAAGCUCGGGCCGAAGCGAGAAACCAGAUCAGUCAAUAUGGUAGCUUCUUCCUCGUCCACGUUGCCACCAGCUUGGAAUACUGUGAAAAGACUGAUAAGCGAGGGAUGUAUGCAAAGGCGAGAAAAGGGGAGAUCAAAGGCUUCACUGGUGUUGACGAUCCGUAUGAGGCACCAACCGAUCCUGAUCUGACGGUUGAUUUUGAGCACCAAAGCGUGAGGAAUAUUGUGCAUCAGAUCGUAUUGAUGCUGGAAAGUCUAGGCUUCUUGGAGCAGCUAUGA